AUGAGCCGGCGGCGCCGCUCCUGGCGCGCGCCGGCGGGCAGCAGCUCGUACAGCGCGUCGCUGAACAGCCAGGGCUGGCACACGCGCGCCGCCACGCUCGUGAAGUACUGCUGGAAGUCCCACAUGAGCCGGCGGCGCCGCUCCUGGCGCGCGCCGGCGGGCAGCAGCUCGUACAGCGCGUCGCUGAACAGCCAGGGCUGGCACACGCGCGCCGCCACGCUCGUGAAGUACUGCUGGAAGUCCCACAUGAGCCGGCGGCGCCGCUCCUGGCGCGCGCCGGCGGGCAGCAGCUCGUACAGCGCGUCGCUGAACAGCCAGGGCUGGCACACGCGCGCCGCCACGCUCGUGAAGUACUGCUGGAAGUCCCACAUGAGCCGGCGGCGCCGCUCCUGGCGCGCGCCGGCGGGCAGCAGCUCGUACAGCGCGUCGCUGAACAGCCAGGGCUGGCACACGCGCGCCGCCACGCUCGUGAAGUACUGCUGGAAGUCCCACAUGAGCCGGCGGCGCCGCUCCUGGCGCGCGCCGGCGGGCAGCAGCUCGUACAGCGCGUCGCUGAACAGCCAGGGCUGGCACACGCGCGCCGCCACGCUCGUGAAGUACUGCUGGAAGUCCCACAUGAGCCGGCGGCGCCGCUCCUGGCGCGCGCCGGCGGGCAGCAGCUCGUACAGCGCGUCGCUGAACAGCCAGGGCUGGCACACGCGCGCCGCCACGCUCGUGAAGUACUGCUGGAAGUCCCACAUGAGCCGGCGGCGCCGCUCCUGGCGCGCGCCGGCGGGCAGCAGCUCGUACAGCGCGUCGCUGAACAACCAGGGCUGGCACACGCGCGCCGCCACGCUCGUGAAGUACUGCUGGAAGGCGCGCGCGAACGGCUGCUGCGGGUCGUUCACGUUCGUCUAGCAUUAGUCACCUGCUCCACAAAGUCCCACAUGAGCCGGCGGCGCCGCUCCUGGCGCGCGCCGGCGGGCAGCAGCUCGUACAGCGCGUCGCUGAACAGCCAGGGCUGGCACACGCGCGCCGCCACGCUCGUGAAGUACUGC